UUUUGUUUGUGUUGUGUCCGUCACGAAAACGAAAGGUAAAAUUUUUUCAAUUCUGCAUCUUUUCAAAUAAACAGUAGGUAUGAAUCGAAAAAGAAACGUUCAGUUCACAAAACCAGACGAUCCACAGUUUUUAAAAGUGCUUAAAAAACAAGCAGGUUAUGAUGAUAGAAAUCAUAAGUUCGAUAAACUUGAUAAUGACGAAGAUGAUUUUGUUGAUGAUACUGAAAGUGAUAAACCACAAGUAGUGGUACUUAUGGAAGGUGAUCUGACUGCUGAAGAGGCGGAUUUAGAACACAAGAGAAUAUGCGAUAAAUUAUCCGAAACUAAAGCAGAUUUAACUAAACGAGUGAUAUUUAAAGUCAAACAGAAACCGGUUGAAGUUAACAGUAAAAAGCAUAAGCUCAAAGAUUCCAAACCAGAAACAUCGCUUAAAAAAAACAGAAAUUUACUGUCUUUUGAUGAUGAAAACCAUGAAGAUGAUGAAUGACAAAAACCUUUUGAUAGUUAUGGACUUACAGUUGGAUUAUAGUUUUGUGUUUUGGGACAGUAUCAGACAGUAGACAGUAAAUAAUAUAUAAUUGAAUUGUAUUUAACUGAAAAUAAGAGUGGUCUUACUGUAAUAAACAUAGAGUUUAUUUAUUAGAAACAAAAAUACAAAUCCUUUCUCAUUAAAAUAUUAGUUGUAUAAAACAAACCCAAUUAAAGUGAAAUUACUUUAAUUGGUUUUGUGAUGGGAUGGGACCAUAGGUAUACACUCCUUUAUGUUUAGUUAGAGUUCCUUUAUAUAUAGUUUUCUGUCAACAAAUUAAGGUUAAAAUGUUAUUGUCUAAGAUAUGAUAAGAUGUUGUCUGGUACUUUCAAAAUGUUUUACCACUAGUGCUGAGGAAUAGAAUUGGUUUAUAAAAAACUAUGUUAGGUUGUCACCUAUCCUUAUAUACCUACCUACCAUACAAUAUACUAUUACAAAAAGAUAAGAUCAAUAUUUUUGUUUUUUAACUUAAGACUAGGUAGUAACUAUUAUGUAAACUAGUAAAUUUGUAUUGAGCACUCCUCUGUUCCAGCUAUAGAUGAUUGAAGAUUAAGAUGAAAUAUAUCAGACAAAUAUCGUAUGUAAAUAUUGUAUCUUGAAUAAGUACCAAUGUUGUGAUGAAAUUAGAAUCUUAAUCCUU